GAGUCAGGUAAAUAUAAAAAUUGUUACUAUAUGAUUUGAAAUUAUUUUUUAAUAUUUUUCCAAUAUUCUAUCGUAGAAAUGACUGGAACAGUUUGUUAUGUGGCUACUUGUAAAAGUAAUAGUGAAAGGGCAAAAAAGGAAGGGGAAUUAAUAAGAUUUUUUACUUUCCCCAAAAAAAAGGAAGUUUUGAAACAAUGGGUUCGUCUUUGUAGAAGGAAAAGUCCCUUUGAUCCAAAAAAUAAACGUAUUUGCAGUAAACAUUUUGCGCUGGAUCAGUAUGAAGACAUGAUUGAAGCUCAGAUAAAAAAUACUAUGCCAAAAAGACUCAAAGAAACAGCUAUUCCAUCGCUUAACCUUCCAUUGGUACCUGAACACACUAUUAGUCAAAGAAGCAAGAGAAUGGAAUUAAAAGAGCAGAAACGGAUCGUUGAAAGUCUCUUAAUAGAUGAAGCUCCCAAAGAGAAUGCUUCGCCCCAGGAUAUGUCCGCUUGUAGUUCAAACAGCCUAUUACAAGACAUAAGUAACCAUCAAAGCCAACAUGAAAUAUUAAAUCAAAAAUAUAUCGCUCUUAAAGAACAAUGUGAAAAAUUAAAAAAUCAAGCGCAACAAGACAAAGCAGAAAUAGAGAACCUUAUUACCACAAACAAGAAAUUGCAACUCAGUGCUGAUCAUAGUCAAAAUACGUUGAAUGCAAAAGUAUAUCAACACUUCAAAGAUGGGCAUCAAGCAUCGACUUACAACAAGGAAUAUUGA